AUUCCAAAUAUGAAUAUACAUCACACAAGCAAUAAGUUUAAUUUAUUUGAGCCUGAGAUUCAUUUGAAUGACAAGUUAAAGCUAUUGCGCAAUGUACUGGAAGCUUUUCCACAGGAAAUUUAUGAAGAUGACACAGAAUUGUACCUACAAUCACUGAUGAAACUCGUAGCAUAUGCUAAAAUAUUUAGCCGUGAUGACCCUUUGCCACUUGCUGUUGCUCAUCUUGCACUGGGUUUAGUUUACAUAGUAAAAAAGAGCUACUGGAAACAGGGGGAGCAUCAUGCAUCAGAAGCCAUUGUUCACGCCGAAAACAUGCUCACAAGCAAGGAGCAGAUAAAUACACUGAUAGAAAGUUAUUAUGUGAUGGGAUAUUGCCGAUUAAAACUGGGAAAGACUGGCGAAGCUUUAGAGGCAGCAACUGCUGCAAGAAACUGUAUAGAAGAGCUUGGAUUCCUCAAUAAUAAACCAAGCAACCCAAAUCUAGAAUACAAGGUGGCUGUUCUCGCUGCCUGGUGUUCGCCCUCUCGACUGCAACUUUUCCUGGAAUCCCUGGAAUGUGUCGGUCCUCCAGAUAAGAACGCAUACAUUCAUCUUAUGAUUGCCCAGUAUUACAGAGACAACAAAAACAUAAGUGAUGCACUGAAGUCAGCAAAACAGGGCUUAGAGGCUGCUAAUCAAUUUGAAGAUAUAGCUAUGCAAGCAGAUGCGUCUAGGUACCUCGCGGAAUGCUACAUGGAGUCUCCUGGACACGGAUGUGUGGAUGAAGGGCUACUUCUCCUACGCAAGACGAUAGCACUCUAUACCACCCACUUCAGUGGGCUGGAUACUUCCACUUUGUCUACCAAUGACUUGCUCAUCAAUGCUCUGCUCAAACAGGAAAUGUAUGACGAGGCACUGGAGGAACUGAAAGCAAUCAAAGAAGCUAAAAUUUUAAAGUUUGGAGAAUACAGCAAGCAAAUGGCAGACUUUUACAAACAACUAGGUUCAUUGUACCUGAUCCAAAACCGAACCAAAGACGCUCUGAGAGUUUUCAAAUCCUGCCUGUCAAUUCUAAACGUAAUACAAACCAAACCGAACAGUGUAACCACAUCUAUCAGAAACACUAUUAAAUCUUUAGAGGCAUCAAGAACUGAGAAACCUGCUUUUAAACUCCACUCCAAAGUGAAGUAGAUUAAUUCUGUUUUAGAUUUUAAUUUGUAAGAUUUGUUCUACUUAUGUGAACUUUAUCAUUUUAUUCUUGACGCCCUCGGCCCUUGCUAUUUGGUCGAUUUAAUUUAAUGAAAUUAAAUUGGACAGUGGUAAGCUGCCAAGAUCACUGGGCAGAAUUAUUUUUAUGUAUGAAACUGCGAGGGUGGCACAAUGUAAAGUUACGUUACCUUUACGUUCUAUGGAUUGGGCGUAUCUUUUCCGAAACAGUCGCGUUCGGAAAAAUGUCAUAUUAUCAGUUCUUUGAGUUGACUUUAUAUGACCAGAUUGACUGUGUUAUAUACUUAUAUAGCUGUAUUAGUUUAUUAUGUCCGAAUAGAAGUUUUUGUAAAAAAUGUUUAAUUAUUUAAAGUUUGAUAUUUGAUAUUUUAACGAUG